UUGGGUGUUCGGCGACUUCCUCUGCAAAAUGUACCAGUUCAUACACUCGUUAAGCUACACGGCGUCCAUAUUCAUUUUGGUGGUGAUCUGCACUGAGCGGUACUUCGCAAUAAUCCACCCUAUCACCUGCAAACAGAUCCUGACAUCCACCAGGCUUAGAUUGGUGAUCCUCGGAGUGUGGAUAACAAGUGCCGCCUACAGCGCCCCCAAGUUCAUUUGGGUGGAGACCAUAAACAACAAUCUUGGCAACGGCGACACGGAGACCAUUUGCAUAUCUCAUCGGAGGAAAUACAACUCGGAGCUGUUCGAUAUGAUCAACUUUGGACUGCUGUACGUCACGCCGCUGUGUGUCAUGUCUGUUCUCUAUACGAGGAUCGCAGUGGGCCUGUGGCAGAGUUCUCACGGGCUACAGCAACUUGGCCGAGCGCAGUGCUGUGCCACGCAAUGCCCACGCGUGGACAAAACACCAGCCAUCACGAGCAACUUCGAGCCCCAGCGGACAUUCGUCGGCACCACUGAAACUAAGAAAUUCAUGAAUGCAAAGUCGAACACGCCUAAAUGUCGCAACCACGAGUCGCGCGACUGCCACCAUCUCAGCCACCUGUCGCGCAACGUGCUGCGCGCGCGCCGCGGCGUCGUGCGCAUGCUCAUCGUGGUCGUGCUCACCUUCGCCAUCUGCAACCUGCCCUUCCACGCCCGCAAGAUGUGGCAGUACUGGUCCAGUGGCUACGAGGGCACCAGCGACUUUAGCGCCCUCCUCACACCACUCACCUUCCUAAUCACUUAUUUUAACUCCGGAAUCAAUCCUCUUUUAUACGCAUUCCUAUCUAAAAACUUCAGGAAAGGCAUGAAGGAACUCCUCUUCUGCAAAUACCACGGAAAACGAAAAAGCGAGAACCUAAUAGUUCUGAAUCCAGUAGGUGUGGGCCUGCGCAGGAGUUCGACCAGAUCCACCCGGGCCAACUGCAGCACUGUCACCAUAGCACCGAAUGGAGACUCAUGAGAUUUGCGUCGCCGCCGCUUCUUGUACAAGGUGGAAAACAUAGACAUUUCCUGAUUAACGGAAAGCACGGACGAGGUGACCGACAGCAGUGGUUUCUACACUAUAUCAACUAUAUCUAAAAAAGACUUGUACGAUUAGGGACUGAAUGAAACCGUUGUUAACUGUUGUGGAACUCGUGCGUUUUCGUAUGGGCAAUUCAGAGAACUGAUCUCAUGAGCUUAAACGUUGUGAGUGUGAAGACACUAAUGUGAUGGUAAUGGUUAACGUUCUGUGUAUUUACUAUAAAUAUCGUGUUAGUGUUAAAGUAUAAUUUGUAAAAAAUAAAUUGUAUAGUGUUUAUAAAAUUAUGUAUG